UCCCCUUCCUUUCCCCCCCCACCCCCGCCUCCCAUUUUCUCCGACGUGUCCGUCUCUGCAUCUCCCGGCGAUGCCUCGCUCGCUCGCCGCCUCCCUCCGUUCCCUCUCCCUCUGCCUCUUCCUUUGCCUCCCGCUGCCCCUGCUGCCGGGCGCCCAGCCGUCGGCGGCUCCCGAUCCGCUGCUGCAGCUGCCCUACGACCAGCUGUGGGCGGACGGCCUGCGGAGCUACGAGGCGGGCAGCUGGGGCGAGGCGGCGCGGCUGAUGGAGCGCUCGCUGCUCGGCCGGACGGCGCUGCGGCGGCUGCGGACCGCCUGCUCGGGGCAGUGCGCUCCGGACCCCCUCGGGGAGACCGUCCGGGACACCGAGAUCCCGGUGCCGACCCCGGACCCAGUCGGCGACCUCCGCCCCCCGGAGCUCCGGGACCCCCUCGCCCUGCCCGGGGACCUCCCGCUGCCCAUUCAGCCCCGGGAUCGCCAAGCCGGCGGGGUACGGGAGCCCCUCGGUGCCCUGCCGAGCCUGCCGCAGAUGGAGUUCUUCGGGCGCCAGCUCCGCCGCGCCGCCUGCCUCCAACGCUGCCUGUCCACCGGGCUGGGCCGGGGAGACGGCUCCCGCCACCGGGUCUCGGCCGAGGUCAGCGCCGUUUUUCGCCAGCGCGUCCCUUACAACUACCUCCAGAUCUGCUACUACAAGACGGGGCAGCUAGACAAGGCGGUGGCUGCUGCCCAGACCUUCCUGGAGGCCAACCCGGACCACGAGGAGAUGCUGGAGAACCUGGAGAUGUACCGGAGGAUGGAGGGAGUCACAGCCGAGGACUUCAAGGACCUGGAGCCUCAGGAGUACUGGGAGUGCUACAGGAAGGGGAGUGCCCUGCUCGAGGGGGGCCGGUAUGCGGAGAGCGCGGGGCAGCUGGAGGCUGCGGUGAGUCACUACCUAUCGGCCCUGGACCACUGUCGGGCCCAGUGCGAGGGUCCAAUCCACGUCCAGGAUCGCAGCUCCCUCAAGUAUCCCCCUCACUUGCAUGAGGCCAUCGCAGAUCACUUUGUGCAAGUCCUCAAGUGCCGCCAGGAAUGUGUGAGUGAGCUGAGUAACCGGCGGGGGCCCCCUCGAGACCUCCUCCCCUCUGCCUUCGACCUCCUGCGGUACGCCUACCACCGAGCGGGUGACUACGAGCAGGCUGUGCAGUGUUCCCGGACCUUCCUGCUGUUCCGGCCCGCAGACCCAACCGUGCGGCACGACCUGGACUUCUACCGUUCCCAGCUGGGCGCUGAGCGGGCCGACCGGCUGGGGUCCCGUGAGGAGGUGAGGGCCCACGUGGAACGCUCACUGCUGGAGAAGCAGCUGCUGUACCGGGCAGUGGAGGAGCUGGGAGCCACCUUCCAGGACCCGGAUUCCUGGACCCCUCCGGAGAUCGUUCCCGAGUCGGUGAAGGCCAAGCACAGAGCCGAGGCCGGAGACAGCCGGAAGUCUGCCCCACGGAACGCGACGACCAGCCGGAAGCGGGAGCCCAGGCGGGGGCUGGACAUCCUGAAAGCCUCCUCGCCUUCCUUCGCCUCGAUCUCGCUGGUGACAGAGGGCGGGGAGCCAGACGGCAGUCGACUUGCGCAGAUAGACGGGGUCCUGAGCCACGCGGACUGCGUCCGCCUCCGGCGGCUGGCCAACACUGCGGAGGAACUGACCCAGACGCAGGGAGACAAGCCUCAGAGGCGAGGGCUGGCGGUCCUGGAGGCGAUGAAGCUGUCCCGGGAGGGGAAGGUGGACCAGGAGGAGGCUCGUCUCUACAUGCAGGUGACAGAGAGAGUCAGCUUGAUCCUUGACCACUACUUCCAGCCCAGUGGCGCCCUGUACCUCUCCUUUACCCACCUGGCCUGCCACUCGUCCUCCCAAGGUAGCCAGACAGACGUCCCGCCUCUGUCCCGGGAUUGCCUGGAGGAUCCCGAGAGCAGCGGCUGCAGCAAGCAGGGCUCGGCGGAGGGAGCUCGCAACUUCAGCGUGCACCUCUACCUCAAUGAGGAGUUCGAAGGAGGGGAGUUCAUCUUGACAGAGCCCAAGACGCGGAGUAUCAUGGCCGAGGUAUCCCCAAGGUGUGGGCGUCUGUUGACCUUCCGGUGGGGAGACGGGACAUCCCACCGGGUGUCUCAAGUCAGGGGGGGUCAGCGCUGUGUCCUCUCGCUCUGGUUCAGCUCUGUCCGGAAGCAUCGCAUCAAGAAGCUCGAACGGGCUCAGGCUGAGAUCCUCCCCGUUAAGGCCGCCAGUGUCCAGCGAUCAGACAGCCCAGAGACGGGGUCUUUGAGGAACGAGACCCAGCGGCGUGGGCGGACCGCAAGGGAGUCGAGCAGGAGGCCUGUAUCUCGGAGGGACGAGCUUUGAGGGGGGUGGGUGAUGGUGAUGGUUGAGGGGUCUGCAGGGGUUGGUGGUGGUGAGGGUGUUUGUGUGUUCUGUGUGGGACAGGGGCACCCCAGGCCUCUUGGAAAGGAGGAACGGAGGCAGGGGGCAGGGACAGAGGGCAUAGGCACAGAGGGGUGCAAACCUUUCACACUCCACCCCUGCCACAGGUGGGGUGAAGGGGAGGGAGGGAUUGGGGAAGGAGGGGGAGGGGAGUGAAUUGGGGAGAGGGGGCAGAGAAAGAGAGGGGCAGAGGAUGGGGAGAGCAGGGGGGUUCUGAGGGAUUGAGGAGAAGGGAGAAGAGGAAUGGGGAGAGAGGGAAGAGCAGAGAGAGAGUGGAAAGGGGAGAGAUGGGAAGGGGUGAGAGUGGUUGGGUCGAGAGAUGGGGCAGAUAUAGUAGGAGGGAGAGAAGGGGAAGAGGGGGCAGGACAAAGGGAGGAGAUGGUGAGGAGUGAGAAGGGGAGAGAGGAGGAGGGGUAAGAGGGGAAGUGAGGGAAGGGGGCAGAUGGGGAAAGCAGAGGGGAAACAAGAGGGAGUGGGUGAAAUCAGAGAGAGAGUGGGAAUGUUGUCUGCCCCGGAGACCCUGAGAAAAACAAUCCACGCCUACACAGACCCGUCUCCCCCAUCGCCCACACCCCGGCACCAGUCGGCUGGACUGACAGGGAUGGGGAGGGGAUGGGAGACACACAGCAAGGAGAGGACAGACCCUCCCCCAACCCGGGGACCAGGGCAUCUCUGUGAUAUACUGAAUGGAGGGUGAACUGCUCCCCGGAUUAUUAAACACCAGGUUACCAAAGUGA